UCAAAUACACAUCAUCAUUCAUCACCUCCACAUCCCACCAAAACCUGUUCCAUUUUUGUUUCCUCUUCCUCAGAUAGAUAACCAUUCUAGAACUCUCACAGCUUUUAAGGGACAAAGCUUGACAUCUGGGUAUUGAUUGAUUAAAACUCUGAUCAGUUUGCUAAUGGGGUCAGAGUCUCCGCAAAGAGUAGUUUGUUGCUUUUGUUUCUCCACCAACAAGAACGAUGGAAAGAAGGGUAGGAGAUACGAGGUUUCAGGAUCAAACAUAGACGACAAAAGGUGGGAAAAGAACGAUGAGAUUUUAUCAGACUUGAGCACCUUUUCGGUUAAGGAACAAGAAAGGAAGCUGAAGAAGGCAUUGGAGGAGGAGGAGAAGAUUAGUAGGGAAGCCGACAGGGUUGUCAAAUGGGUGAAGCAAGAAUCAGCAAGAAUGGAUGCUUCUGUAAUCAAAACUGUGCUUAGUAAUCAUGAUGAAGAAACAACCAAGUAAUGGUUUUACACUUUUACCGUACUGUAAAAUUCCUUUUUUUUUCUUCCUUGAAGUUUGAAUUUUUGAUGCAUGUGGUUGUAUAUGGAAUUGGCAGCAGAAUUGGAAUUUGUAAAUCCAUUUCUCUUGUUUAUUUUCUAUCCAUAUGAAUAUUCAAUAUGAAAUUGUCCAUAUGAUGAAAAACAAAGUUUAGUUCGAACGUAAAAUAAAGUCCAAUUCACUAGUAGUCCAAGUCUUCUCUCCCUCUCAAAUUAACCUUUGCAAUAACAAAAAGCUGUACUACUUAGAAAGAGUACUACCUCUUCUUUAUUCUAAAUAAGAAAAGUAUUACCUUAGAAUUGGGUUUUGGAAUUCAACUUAUAGAGCUUCUCUUCUCAUUCUCAAAGUUCAAUAUUUUUUAGUGUUGUGCAGUAACAAUUUAAAAUCUUAGAAGAAAUCUUACUGAGUGAAUUUAGUCCUUGGUAAAUUGUAAUCUUCUUACUGUAUAUAUAGAUGAAGAUAUCAUGGAAGAAACAAAACAUAAAAAACCCCAUACAAGUUGAGUUGAAAGAUUCCUAGUACGUCUUCAACAACUUAUGUUGGAUGCUCAAUUGUCAAGCAAUCAUUUAUGUUUAGCUAAUUCAGGAUUUAGAUUAGAUGCAAGAAUUGAUCACAGAUAACACAUUUAUUUACAUGGAUAUUUUAAUGGGGAAAAAUCUCUGCACGCAAACGUUUAUUGCUUGUUUGCGAUCAAAAUAGUAGUAAAAUUCAAAUAAUAUUUAUGUUGGACAAUUUUAGUUGCUAUAGUUUUCUAAUAACCAAUAUUAGGAAAUUAUUUGGUCUUUGAUAGACUGGUCAAAAUUCAUUAAAAAGAAAACAUAAAAAAAUAAUUGAAGGCUCUUAGGAAAUUAUUUGGUCUUUGAUAGACUGGUCAAAAUUCAUUAAAAAGAAAACAUAAAAAAAUAAUUGAAGGCUCUUUUAUGCAAAUAUUUGGUCUUUGAUAGACUAGUCUAGUCAAAAUGAUACAUGGGUAGGCCGUCUGAAAACUCAGCUUAUUACUUUUCAUUUUCAAGAACUAAAAUAGUAAAUUCAGACAGUCUCCGCUUGGCCCCCUUCCAUCAGGUUGGCAUUAAUAUUAAUUAAUUAGUGAGAUUUCGUUAAGAAAAUUAAACAAAUAUAAUAAUACAAUUAAAGCCAUUAAUUUUUCUGUGUUAGGAUUCCAUAUCAAUUAAGGAUGGUGUGCGCUCUGGAAAUGAGGCUGUUGGGCUUGACCUUACUUGGGUUCACAACUUACUUAUAUGGUGGGCUUAAGAUUUCCUACUUUGGGUCGUUCUCGGCAUAGAGACUCAAUAUAGUUUAUCCUCUCUCUUUCUGAAUUGCUGUUUUGCUCUACUCUCUCUCUCUUUUUGUGAACCUCUCAACAACCAUUUUCCUUUCCCAACUUCUCAUAUUUAUAGUUCUAAAUUAGUGGAGAGAUCAUGAUUACUGCAAUAGUUAGUGCAAUUGAAGGUCCAAUAUCAUCUGUUGUAAGUGGAUGUUUAGGUGAGAGUGGAAUGUGGCGAAUGUGGCCUUGGAACUUGGUUCCAACUCAAGUGAUAAUGCUCGGCAGUAAUGUUUCCUGGAAACUGCUGAGCAUGCUAUGGUGUGUUCAGAUUUCAGUCUUUCUUUAUUAUUCGGAAAUUUCACGCCGAGCAAUGGUUAGGUGAUGAGACUUGGACUUGUAGUUUGUGAGGGUGGAGUAAAAAGGGAUUGAAAAUGUGGGCCGUGUUGCUAGGCCUGAAUCCAAGGCCCAAUUGGGUUCGGGAACCUUGGUGCCGUACAUUAGCCCCCCUUGAUUCAUGCCCCGCUACUGGGAAGAAUCAAGGAACUGAAAGGCAUUCUCGUUUUGGGAGAUUAACAGGUAGAAACUUGGGCGGUUACGAUAUCCUAUUAAUGCUCUAUCAAAAGGCGUGCUAUUCCGGGCCACCAGGUUCAGUUGUCAUUAUUACCUGACGGUUCAUGAACCGAGGCAAUGCAUGUGUCGGUUACCAUUGGCAUUCGUAGAGUUUUUCGUUAAUCGUGCCUAUUUAUUACUGAUUAAACGUCUCUCUGUCCUCUUUGUCCUCUAUAAAUAGUUCAUCUCAGAAUGUUCUUUCACUUUUUCACUUCCCUCUUUCUGAGCUUACUCUCUGCUGAGCAUUCAUUUGAGCGCUUACUCACCAGUUCAGAGACCUUUCCUUCCUUAGAGCCCAAAGUAAGUUCUCUACCCCUUCCUUUUACUUUGGUUUCUUUCUUCGAAUUUCUUCCUUCAGUUUUAGGCUUUGAAAUGGGUUUCACUUGUCUUCUAGAUAUCUCGCAUCUUUAGCCACCUUUAGGCAAAAGUUUGAUAUCCCCAAUGAUGUGGAAGUGGCAUAUUGCCAUGAGAGAGAAAUUGCUCUCCACAGAGGGCACAGUACUGCUUUCUUCCCCCUAAUGGCGAUUCUAGAGGGCGGGGUUAGGUUUCCCGUGGACCCUCUUUUAGUUAACACACUUAGGUAUUAUGGGCUGUGCCCUAACCAACUUCCAUCCAAUUUUUACCGGGUAGUUAGUUGCAUCAAUAGGUUGAACCAUACAUUUGAUUUGCAAGUGGACCACCAUGAUAUAAACCACAUGUAUAGUCUUUGUGGGAAUAAAAAUACCAAUUAUUACUUAAAAACUAAAGAUACACGGGUACGGCUGAUAUCAUGCCUACCUGAUUCAAAUAGGAAUUCAGCCAAGGAGUUCGUCCGGGUGCACGGCAAUUGGUUUGCCGGAGAAAUUCCCUGCCCCCUCUCACGGCAUGAAGUGGGUUCGUAUCGAUCUCUAACUUAACUGUUUUUCUACUUGUGGUAGUUUUAUCUAUUUGGUCACUAACAUUGUAUCUCGUUUUUUUGUAUGAAUGUAUAAAUAUAUAUUUUCUUUGCAGAUGGUAAAGUGUUUGUCCCGGAUUUCAGGACAGUUCACGUCAGGGACCUGAAUUUCAUUCUCUGGUCCGAGAUAUACGUGCAUUGGGACGGACAGCUCCGGGCAUCACAUCUAAUCCUCGGAGUUGAAUCGGUUUAUUCCACCUAGCAAUCUUUCAAACAGGCGCUUUUGGUUGAUAGCCCCCUUUUGUCAUACAUAGACGUUCGGCACGCAAAUUUCCUUUUGCUGAGGUUUACAGUUGGUGAAGCUAGGGAGCUGGGUAGGCGAUACACUUGCUCGGACGACCUUGCACCAUUGAGGGACGAGUCAGUGGAGCGUGUGUCCCGGCGUCUCCGAGAGCUCGCCCACGAGCUAGUCCAAGAAGAAGUUCCCGUUCAGAAGAACCCGCACCGCCCGAGGAACCUAUUGAACCCGAGGCUCCCGUAGAGGAAGCCGAGCAAUUUGUUGUUGACAUUACCGAUCUUUUAGACACUGAGCCCUUCCUUAGCGAAGACAUGGUGACCCGGAGGGCUAUGACCAUAAACCGUUUCGUGCUCGGUGCGAGGCAAGCUGUGCAGCAGCCACCCUCUUAGAGCCAAAUUCAAGCGCCUCCUCCUCCACCUCCUCCUCAAACCGGAUGAGUCUGGAAGAGGCAGAGGGUUGCCGAGCAAACGCCUACGGGCCCGGGAGGUACAGCAGCCCGGACUCCUCCCCGACCAACCGGCGGCAUUGUCAUUCAGGAGCCGCAAACCCAAGUCGGGCCGAGCGUAGCAUCCUUCUCCCAAGCCGUGUAGGUGUGGAAGCCUAAGUUUCUGUUGGACGGCAAGCCACUUCCUGCAAAUGCUUGUGUGCGGAUGUGGGAGAAAGGUGAAGGGGGCUGCAUUGCCCAGACUCUGGCGCAGGGCCUCCUUCUGCCCGAAGACGUGCAUGCCUUUGAAGAAGGUCGGAGGAGUCCAUGGGGCGAAAGCUACAGUGGCAUACUGUCGCGGCUGCUCAACUGGCCCAUAUCUUGGAUGGUCGCGCAAAAGAACUUGCUGAGAAAGCUGACUGGGAGAGGGCUGCAAGGGAGACGGCUAUUAAAAUGGCUAAGGAGAAAAUAAAGGUGGCUGACACUGCAGAGAAAAAAGUUGCUGUCGCGGAGAAGAAUAGAGCAAUGGCGGAGAAAAGGUCCGCGGAAGUCUUGGCUAAGCAGAAUGAGAUGGACCUUAAGCUAGCCGAGGCAAUCAAUCUGAACACGGCUCAAGCCAAGGAACUUGCCAACCUGAGAGCGGCUUUGGAGGCUUGCGAGGAGAAAUGGUACAAUGAAGGGUUCGCUGACGCUGAGAAUUCCACGGACCCAGUUGUGAAUCAGGCUUGAAAGUUGGGUUUUGACGUCGAGUGGUUUGCUGCUCUGCAGAUUUUAGGGGCCCCUGAGGAUUCCCCUCUGAGAGAUCCCGGUUAGAUUCCCUUCCUGAGCUCAACCGUUGUCGUGCAGAACCACCCGGUCCCCAUUGACGAGGAGGAAACGGCAAGCAUGAGGGAACUGGUGGAAUAGAUUGAUGCACAUGCGGUGCUAGAUGAGACAGAAGCCACCAGCAUCCUUCGUGCUCAAGAUCAACACGGUGGGGAUCUACUUUCUCCCAUGGCCAACCAGCAGCAGACCGACGCAGCUGAUCAGUUCGGACCCUCCGUUCCAUCAACUUAAUUGCUGAAUCGACUCUUUAAUGCUUUUAUUUCUUUUUAUUGCCUUUUAAUACUAUUUCUUUUCCAGUAAACUUGCCUAUGUCACCGGGCUGUGGUGACUGAACAAUUUAUUUAUUUCCCGAGAAUGACCCGUAUGCAGUUGCUGGGUUUGGCGACGAAACAUUGAUUCUAUUUUUUUGUUAAAUUUAUUUGGAUAAUGAUUUAUUCGUCAUGUGUUUGCUUUGA